UAUUAGAAAUGUGUUCAAUGUCCCAUAAGUACUAUAACAUCUUUUUGUGGAAAAUUAGAAUCCUUUUGUAAAAGAAGUAUUCGUAAUAAGAAUAACGUACACCAUAAGUAGUUAGAGUAAUUUCUAUGCGCGUCUUAGGAACAAAGAUAUGUAAAAGUAGUCGAUAGUCUACGUAUAUUUUCGCUAUUAACUCGUUCGUGUUUGACCUAUUCUCGAUCUGCGUUGCGACCUCGAGUCCCAACCGAUAAGUCAUCGCGGGCGUGUAUUACGUGACAUAACCUGUAACGCUCGUCGAGAGGCCACUAUGCGGUCCUCCACGGCAAAUGUUCUCGCUCAGGUAGAAAAGCAGGCAAGCGGGGCGAGAAUGCACCUGGCCGGUGUGUCUUGGCGGUACACAAGAGAGUGACCUGCCAACCUGCCAGUACAGCGAACGGCCUGGCUGCGUUCACCUGCGCAAGGUUGCCUUUAAACUUCAACGUGCUUGUUUUUAUGGCACAACCGUUCGAACAUAGUAAAAACGAUUUCGUGUGCUGCAACUGUGUCCGUUUUCUCGUAGCCUUUCGUUGUUGGUAUUUAUUUUCUAAAUACGUGAAUAUUAUUCCGCGCCUAUUACCGCGUGGCUGGCUACGUUAUAUUUUCAGAACCGUGCGUGACCCGUGAGAGCGCCACCACCGACACACACGCAAAUGCGGUGAUACAGGUCGACCCAACAGAAAGAAAUGGACAGGGAUCAUAGGGAACAACGCGAUCACGAUAAUUUAAAUGAAAACGAAGAGGAACGAAAAGUAGGAAUGGAUUUUCGUAAUUUAUCUCGACACCAUGGCAUCGAUCACGUAGCUGAUGUUGAAACUGAGAGGGAUAUGGACGUGGAUCAGAACGAUCGCACUGAAAGUCUACACGAUGAUAAAAUAGAUCAAAGUAUUGGAAGAAAUUUAUAUAAUUUAGCGCAUCAUCCCGCUAUGAGAGACAUGGAAAGGGAUCAAAAUAAUCAUGUCGAUAAUGUGCACGAUGAUAAAGUUGAUCACAAAAUGGGACGAGAUUUCCGUAAUUUGGGUCCUCAUACAGGCAUGGUUCAUUUACACUCUGGAAUUGAGCAUUUAAGUAAUGUUGAUGUAGAGGUAAAAUUAGCCAGAGAUGUUCGCGGUUCCUUAGGUUUGGGAUUGUCUCUAGAAUUAUGUGUAGUAUGUGGAGAUAGGGCCAGUGGAAGACACUAUGGGGCAAUUAGUUGCGAAGGUUGCAAGGGUUUUUUCAAGCGUAGUAUUCGAAAACAGUUGGGUUAUCAAUGCAGGGGAAGUAAAAGUUGUGAAGUUACCAAACAUCACAGAAAUCGUUGUCAGUAUUGUAGACUUCAAAAGUGUCUUGCGAUGGGAAUGCGAAGUGACUGCUUUGUCGUUGUAGCUGUACAACACGAGAGAAAACCAGUGUUGGGUGAAUCGGCAGGGUCGAAAGUAGGAAAUCGAAGUCCUAGAGUUAAACCGGAACCGCAGCAACCGGUAUCCGAAACACCCCCAACCUGGGAACAACCUGAAAGCCCGAGUAUGGAAGACCAAAGUAGCGAUAGUGACCUCAGUGAUGCGUUAACAUUAGCGAGAGAGCGUUUACUUAUUUCACAUGCGUUGGAUAGCAUGGCCAAACUUAUCGGAGAUAGUGUGAACGGUUCGAGUGAACCAGAAGAAGAAUGGACCGGUCAGUUAAUUUCCGAAAGACACACGUUAUUCGAGUUAAGAGCUCCCAGCCCAGCACCCGCGUACUUAUCAAUACAUUAUAUUUGUGAAAGUGCUGCCAGAUUACUUUUUCUGUCGGUUCAUUGGGCAAGAGGAAUUCCAGCAUUUCAAGCGUUACCAUCCGAGGUUCAAACAACGUUAGUACGUAGUUCUUGGGGACAGCUCUUUACUUUAGGACUUGCACAGUGUGCAUAUACUCUGUCACUUCCGAGUAUUCUAACAUCGAUAAUAAAUCAUUUACAAGCUAGCAUUGCGCAAGAAAAAAUUACAGCUAGUAAAGUAAAGUCUGUCACGGAACAUAUAUGUAGAUUACAAGAUUGUGUUAGUUCGCUUCAUAAAUUACAAGUGGAUUCUGUUGAAUAUGCAUACCUUAAAGCAUUGACGCUUUUCAGCGCUGACAAUGUGCUGGCUGGUGUUUGGCGCAAGAAAGUUGAAGUUUUACAAGAAGCUGCCUGGACGGAAUUACAGCAACGCGUGGGAUCCGACAGAUUACCUCGUCUUCUUUUAAGGCUCGCGCCACUUCGUUCGAUUAAUCCUAGAGUUUUGGAAGAUCUGUUUUUCGCUGGUCUUAUCGGCAGAGUAAGCGUAGCUAGUGUUGUGCCUUAUAUUCUUACUAUGCAAGAUUACAAAACUGAACCUGAAAGUCAUAUGGGGUGACAAUUACUAUCCGUGCAAUGUAGGUCGUGACCUAGUAAAGUGAUAUAUAUGUAUGUAUAUAUACAUUAUAUAUACAUACAUUACCGUUGAAUGCCUUGAAUAUUUUUAUACAAUGGAGAAUAAGAGAAAGUAUAACGAGGCAAAGUUAAUUUUUAUUUUUCGUAAAAAUCUUAUAUGCCCCUUUCUAAAGGUGUUAAAACUCAGGGUAGAUGUGUAUUUUAACUUGUUAAUCAGAUGUAAUAUCUAGUUUACAAUAUUUUGAUGUUUCAGAGUUUUUUUUUCUCUUAUUUAUUAUAAAUUUACUACGUUUGGUACAAAACUUUCCACAAGUUGCACCAAGGUAAUAUUAACAAUAAUAUAUGUAUUUGUUUCUAAAAAUGAAGUACAAAAUGACAUGGUUAAUUACGUAUUAUAUGUUAUUAACUUAAAUUGUUUUGAAAAUAUAUGUUUGGAAAGUUUUGUACCUACGUAUAACGUAAAAAGAACAUGCAGGGCAAUCUUACUAUAUUCUCAAGUAAAAGCAAUUUAGCCCUUGAAUGAAUAAUUUUGUAUCGGAAAAUUCUGAUUUUGAAUGAAAAAAAAACAACAGUCUUGUAACUUUUUCCAAUAAUGUCUUCGGUUAUUAGAUAAAGGAAAAAAGUCGAGUCAAGUAUUGAUUAAUGAAAAUCAAAAUAUUAUUUUUUUAUAGUCGCUGUUUUUUCCGUCCGUCAGAGAAGAAAAUUAUAACUUAGUUUUGAUACGAAUCAAAGCUGAAGUAUACGUUUAAAGAAAAUAUAAAUGAUUUAAUGUAAAAAAAAGAAUAUUAACUUUACAUAAGUAUUAGUACAAACAAAUCGCGAUUUUGUUGUAAUUGAAACUAUUUCUUAAUAAUUUCAUAACUUUACUACAAAUAAGACAAAACGUGUACAUGUUUUCCUUAUUUCCCCUAGAAAUUAAUCAUGAUAAAUGAUAUAUUUCUAGGCUGUGCUUUAUUGUAGAUAAAAAAUAAAUGGUAUUGAAUCUUUAUCGUAAAAGAGUAGGAUGUGCAAUAGUAUAAUUGAUGCAACAUUCAAAAGCAGAAACAACCAUUAAUCGUAAUUUAUUUUUAAUGAGAGACGAACUAAUGAAUUAACUCUACUAUAAAUGUAUUAUUAAGUAUUAUUUACUUCAAAAAAAACAAAAAAAAAACAAAAAAAAACGACAAUAAUAGUAUAUUUUUUAUGAAAUGCAGGAAUACUUAUCAGAUUAAAAAAUAAAUGUAUAUGUGUUUACUUAAAGAAAUGAUGUACAUUUUAUAUCUUACUGCUAAUUGUAACUAUAUUAAUCUAAUAUUAAUGAUAAGUACAUAUAUUAUUUGUAUUUGUUUGAUGAUUAUGAAAGAGGUAAAUAACGUUAGUAUUUUUAGGUGAAGUUAAUAAUCUUGUGUAUUUAGCAUCAUUACUAAUGUGUAGAGUAUUGAUAUUUUUUUGUGAAAAUAUACUGAAAGAAAUCGUUGAAUAUUUUUAAACUCGUCACGAUUGUUAAUGUUCUUAAAAAUCAAUUUUGCUAGUUACGAGAUUUCCAUAAACAUUUUCAUGAUUAGUAAGCGUGUAGAAUAUUCUGAACAGUGUUUAAUAUAUAAUUAAAGAUAAGUAUCCUUUCUAAUUUGUUAAUCCAAAGAUUAAACCACAAUACAUCUUUUUCUACAGAUAUUCAUGUAUAUUAUACUUAUUGACUAGAAUUUGAUACAAUUUAUAGUAAAUAUGUAUGUAAUAUUUUAAUUAAAAGUAACUCCAAUUUUAUGUUCACAAAAUGGCAUAGUGGUGGAUCAAAUUAACAACAAUAUUUUGUUUUGCAUCAUUACAAGUGAUGUUGAUUUUAAUACAUAGAGUUGUUAUUUGUACUUUAGAAAGGAACUUGUUAUCCAUUGCAUCACAUGUUAUGUAUGAUGUAUCAAUGACAAACUAUAAAUGAAAAAUAUCUUUUGAAAUUUAUAUAUUCUAUGUGAUACAACUAUUAUGUAUAAUAUGCUUAACGGACAAUACAAUUAAAAAUAAUAUUUGACUUGAAAAGAAAUGAAACUACGUGUAAAUAUAAAACGUGCCUGUAUGAAAGAUAUUUAUAUUAAAUAUAAUAAUUUUGUAAGUCAGAAUAUGCAAGAUACCUGAAGAUUGUUGCCGCUUCAGUUUUACUAUUAUCAAAGAGUAUGUACAUACAUGUUUAAUUGUGGUAUAACGUAUAAUUAAACAAAAUAAAUAAAUAAUUAGCAUAUAA